CAUAACUAUUUAUUGAAUGAAUCAUUCAGUUUCUGAUCAUCCAAGAGUUGUCCAGAAAACAGUCAGAUAUCCAGGGCUGUCACCUGAGGGAGAAGUCUAGGUUAGAGAUACAUACUUUGCUGUCCUGAGUAUAUAAAUGGUACUAGAAAUCACAGCUGUGAAAUGGGACAGCCCUGGGAGAAAGGAGAAUAAGAGAAACAGGCUGUGGACAAAAACUUGUACAAGAACCUAUAGUGGCUAUCAAUUUCUUUAUAAAGUUCACUGUGGUUGGUAUAACACUAUUGGUUACCCAUUCCAUAGCCGUUCUAUUCGGCCCCGACAUCCUUCUAACAGAAUUUGUUCUUCCCCUCCCUGGCCAAGUGUUUACUGGAGGUCCAUAAAGACGGGUUACCUGGUCUAAUCCAAAUAUGGUGAUCUGAUAUAGAGCCUAAGCUUAAAUCAAUGAUAUGAUGUAAUCCUGGUCACUGGGAGUUUACAAGGGGGCUUUGCUCUUCCAAUAGACAAAAGAGAAGAUACUUCUAUUACUACCUUGUCAAAACCAACAACCCAGGUGACAGAGUGGAAAGGUGGGGGAAAAAUGUGCUGUUGAUAAUGUGCUGAGCCCCCCCCAAGUUAACCAACGUCCAGGUUAACCAACCUGGGAGUGUGAAAUAAUGAAUUCCUUAUUAUUUUAGCCACCUGGAAUUGGUUUUCUGUUACUUAAAAAACAUUCUAAUUAAUAUGCUACUGUUUAGUGUUUCCAUGAUGUAGUGCCAGCCUUUGUUUCUGUUGAUAUUUCUACAACUCAUCUUUACAAACCCUGCUUAGUUCUCCAAAUACACCUUGGGCUUUUUGAGCCUUUGAUCAAGCCAUUCCGAAUGCACUUCCCCCAAGAGGCUGGCCAGUUAACAUUCUAUCAUCCAUCAAACACAAUUUAAAUGUCACUUUCUCCUCUGGCCCCUUCAGAAGUUACCUCAAGGCCAGGUGCUCACGCCUGUAAUCCCAGCACUUUGGGAGGCCAAGGUGGGUGGAUCAGGAGGUCAAAAGAUCGACCAUCCUAGUCACAUGGUGAAACCCCGUCUCUAGUAAAAAUAGAAAAAUUAGCUGGGCAUGGUGGCGCAUGCCUGCAGUCCCAGCUACUCAGGAGGCUGAGACAGGAGAACUGCUUGACAGAGGUUGCUGUGAGACAAGAUUGCACCACUGCACUCCAGCCUGGGUGACAGAGCGAAAAUAAGAACAGGAAGAAAGGAAGGAGGAAAGGAGGGAGGGAGGGAGGGAGGGAAGGAAGGAAGGAGGGGAGGGGAAAGGAAAGGAAAAAAAAAAAAGAAAUUACCUCAAAAUUAACUGAUCAGACCUAAAAUCUUCUGGCAGUGUUUUUACCUCUAGAAUUUACCAUACACCUUUACGUUAGUGUUACAUACAGAAUGCCUAUAUCUGCUUGAGGACAUACACUUCAAAGCAGAGAACAGAUAUAGAUCUUAACAUAAAGGCUUACCAUUUACGAGGCACAGCUCUAAGUAUUAACGGUUUUAAUCCUCAAGACAAAACCUGAAGAGAGAAAUUCUUCUAUUUCCACUACGUGGAUUCGGAAAAUGAAGCACAGAAGCAUUUAACUUGCCUGAGGUUACAGAGCUAGUACAUGAUAGAACCUGGAUUCAAAUCAAGACAGUUAUUAGCUACAUUUAAGGUGUAACUGCAAAUGCAAAUAACUCAUCACAAGGGAUACACACACUCAUACAAGAUACAAGAUUUUUAACACUGCUGGUAAGAAAGCCAAAGCGUCUGCGUUUUUAAGUGCAGCCCCGCCCAGCGAUACUACAUUUAUUCUUCAGAGCCUGGGGCCUGAUAGAUUAAGGCACCGGGGAACUAUGCCUUUAUAUUUUUUCAAAACUCAAUAAAUUGCCCACUUCUUUCCCAAAAUGAGGUGUCUGUCGGGGCGGCCCUUGUCGCUCCGUGUGUCAAGGGUCCUCCGAUUGCUAGCACACAGCGGUGAGCAGAGGGCAAGAAAGGAACUGCACAGACUCGGCUGCGGAGGGCGGCGGCGGCCCGCCCCUGGGGCGGGAAAAGCGGAGGUGCCAGGAGACACCUGGAAGCCCUUCCCCGCCCGGCCACAUCACAGAGCUGGAAGCCCGGCUGACAGAGACGUGUCAUCGCUGGGCCAGCCUGGGAGCGCUGCGGCGCGGCGGCAGGAGAAACAGCAGAGGACGCCCUGGAAGAGAAGGAGCACGUGGGCCUGAGAGAAUGGCGCCAACACCAGCCCUGCAAAGUCACAUUCCAAAGCGGGGCCGGUGACAGCCACCGUGGCCCCGCAGGCCUCAGAGAAGACGGUCAAGCCAGCCAAGGCCGCCACCCUGGCCAGGGAGCUCCCAACGCGCAGGCGCACCUGCCGGGGAGGUGCAGCUGGGCGGAGUCAAGAGCCGGAAGUGUCUAGCGCCGCAGUCCAUACCGGGAAACCAGCGGACCGGAACUCCCCGGAGUUCCCGCCCCCAGACAGAACCCGGGGUUACUGGGCAACCGAUGCGGCCACUGCAGCUGAUCUCUGGCUUGCUGGGAACGAGCCCGGUGUAGCUCCCACCUCCUGCACUGGUAACCUCCCGUCCCGCCCACCUCCCUUAUUGUCGCCUCUCCUCGCGUCGCGGAAUCCUUGCCCUUGGCACUACUUGCAUCUCUCCGGGUCCCACGACACCUUAGCGCCCACCUGCUUCAAAGCCAAGCUCCACCGAAAGCGAGGUGUUCUGCCCCCGGACAUGGCCUUGGCGCUGACUGACAGCACCUCUCGGGCCCCGAGCACCUACACCUACACCAGCCGGCCUCGGGCACUGCCCUGCCAGCGCCGCCGUUACCGGGACAGCCUGACGCAGCCAGAUGAAGAACCUAUGCAUUAUGGAAACAUAAUGUAUGACAGAAGGGUAAUACGAGGCAACACUUACGCACUCCAGACCGGGCCACUGCCUGGACAGCCUGAUGCUCUAGAGCUUCAGAGACAACGGGAGGCUAAGAAGAGGGCUCUUGCCAGAAAACGAGCCCAAGAGCAGCUCAGACCACAAACACCUGAACCCGUGGAAGGCAGAAAGCAUGUCGAUGUGCAAACAGAAUUAUACCUUGAAGAAAUUGCUGAUCGCAUAAUAGAAGUUGAUAUGGGAUGCCAAACAGAUGCAUUUUUGGACAGACCACCAACACCACUCUUCAUUCCUGCCAAAACUGGCAAAGAUGUGGCCACCCAAAUACCAGAAGGAGAGCUCUUCGACUUUGAUCUUGAAGUUACACCGGUGUUAGAAGUUUUGGUGGGGAAAACAAUUGAGCAGUCUCUUCUGGAAGUCAUGGAAGAAGAAGAGUUGGCUAACCUGCGGACCAGUCAGCGCGAGUAUGAAGAACUACGGAAUAGUGAACGAGCCGAAGUUCAACGACUUGAAGAGCAAGAGAGGCGGCACCGAGAAGAAAAAGAACGGCGUAAGAAACAGCAGUGGGAAAUAGUGCAUAAGCACAACGAGACAUCACAGAAAAUUGCUGCCCAAGCAUUUGCACAGCGUUACCUGGCUGACCUUCUCCCAUCUGUUUUUGGCAGCCUCAGGGAUAGUGGCUACUUUUAUGAUCCCAUUGAAAGAGAUAUUGAGAUAGGAUUUCUUCCAUGGCUAAUGAAUGAAGUUGAAAAAACCAUGGAAUAUAGCAUGGUGGGAAGAACAGUGCUUGACAUGUUGAUCCGUGAGGUGGUUGAAAAGAGACUGUAUAUGUAUAAGCAUCAGAAAGACUCACAUCCGUCUCCAGAACCCGAGGAUGAGCCUGGUGGUCCCGAAGCAAUGAGAGAGUCACUGAGGGCUUCUGAAUUCCUGGAGCAGAGCAUGUCACAGACACAGAGGCUGCUUUUAGACAGAGACGACCUACAAAGAACAACAUAUGACUUAAGUUCAUCCCAGGAAAGGAAGUUUAUGGAAGAGAGCGAGCUCUUAGGGCAGGAUGAAGAAACAGCCAGGAGGGAGUCCUUAGGGAAGGAAGAAUUGUCAUAGGAGGGGAGCUUUGAAGUCAUGAAACCAAUCAACAGCCAAGUCAGCAAGCAAUCAGGUAAAGAUGCAUGAGUCCCCUCAGGUUAUAGAAUUUAUGUUGUAUUCGGUCCAUAUGUCUUUUUGUCUAAUGGACUGGGCCAAUCAAAUGUCAUAAAAUAAAACUACUUCGAAAAUGAAACCUAAAUUGAAUUCAUUUACUUAAUAGAAUAUUCAAAGGCUAUAUUGUAAUUCUAAUGAGAAUUAUAUUUAAUUACUAAUCUUCUGUCACCAUUAUUUAUAACCAGAAAAUACAUUUUUUCUUAAUCCUUCUAAUUUUGCAGGUUAGUUAUUUUAGUGAGUGUGAUAUUUGAUGUUCAGUAUCAGUGCUGUCGGCCAUGUAGCAUUUCUUCUCUAUAGGAAAACCAUUUCACCUACCAUAAGGAGAAUGUUGAAAGCCACAGCACUCCCUUCCUGCAAGGACCAUCUUCAGUAUUCGAGUAAGGCUUAAGGAAUUCAGUGGGUUAGUAAUAUGCUCUCAUCUUUUAUUUCGCAUUCCUGAUAUUAAAAAUGUCAGGCAGUACCAACAAAGCAGAAGUCCCUGUUUGCCCUACACAGUCUUACUCCCUUCCUCAAAGGCAGAUCACUGUUCUCAGUUAGGUGUGAACCAUCUAGGCCUUUUUUGAGGUAUUGCUAUACACAUAUAUUUGAAAAUCUGGAAAUAUAUAACUCGAUUUUCUUUAUAUAAAUGUAAACAUUAUUUGCAUAUUUUAUUUUUCACUUAGAAUAUCUUAGAUCUUUUAAGGUUAGUAUGCAUCAUACUCUUAUCUUUUUAAAAUAUGGUUAAGAUGUUACAUGUUAUGACUGCUGUAGCAUAGGGAAUUAACAGUUGACUUUUUUUUUUUUUUGAGACAGUCUUGCUCUGUUGCUAGGCUGGAGUGCAGUGGCGAGAUCUCAGCUCACUGCAAUCUCCGCCUCCUGGGUUCAAGUGAUUCUCCUCCCUCGGCCUCCCAGAUAGCUGGGAUUACAGGCGAGCACUACCACAUCCAGCUAAUUUUUGUAUUUUUAGUAGAGACAGGGUUUCAUCAUGUUGGUCUCAAUCUCCUGACCUCAUGAUCUGCCUGCCUCAGCCUCCCAAAGUGCUGGGAUUACAGGCAUGAGCCACCAUACCUGGCCAACAUUUGACUUCUUAAUCUGAAUGUAUUAGAGAAUUUACCUGCAAUAUUGAAAAUCACAGAUUAUUUUCUCUCCAAAGCCUUAAUCUUAAGCAAUAACUAAAGUCUUCAGAGCCUUUAGAUAGGUAAAGGCUAUUUUUCUUUUUACUUAUUUUUAUUUUUAUUUUUUCGAGAUAAGGUCUCACUCUGACACCCAGGCCAGAGUACAGUAGCACCAUCACAGCUCACUGCAGCCUUGACCUCCUGGGCUCAGGUGAUCUUCUCACAUCAGCCUCCCAAGUAGCUGGGACUACAGGCAUGCACUCUACCACACCUGGCUAAUUUUUGUAUUUUUUGUAGAGAUAGGGUCUUGCUGUGUUGCCUAGGCUGGUCUCAAACUCCUGGGCUCAAGCGAUCUGCCCGCCUUGGCCUCCCAAAGUGCUAGGAUUAGGGGCAUGAGCCACUGCAUCUGGCUGGGCCUAUUUUUCUCAGAAUACUUACAAAUAUAUAAACUGUAGUGAUUUAAAAUAACUUAUAAUUACUAAUCCAUUUACCUUAAGUUAGGUACCAAGAAUGUAUCCACAUUUUUAAAAUCUUAAAAGAAUACACCCAUUUUCCCAUCCAGUAUUUCACUCUAUCAUUUAAGCCUCAUGACAGCCUUCUGAGGCAGGCAUGACGAUAUUUGUAUUUUUUAGUUUCUAAUCCUUAAUUCGGUCAGCCAGCAACCAUUAGCUGAAUGCCUGCUCUGUGUUGGAAAGGAGCUGCAGAUACAGUGGUGCACAGUCAUGAAUGCUACAUGGUUUUUACAGCCUAGCAGUGGAGCUAAGUGAAGUGAAGAUAAAUAGAGAAACCAAACAAGCUCAGGGAUUUUAACUGAUUUGCAAUAAGUGACAAGCCUAAUAGGUAAUAGGACUAAAGCUGGAACCCAAAUUUCUUUACUUCUAAUCUAGUAUACUUUAUUCUAAUAACCUGAUGUCUUUGUGAAGUACAAAGAAUAAUUUAAAAUAAAUUAUUGCAUUAACAGCAUUUUAAAAAUUGGAAUCACACCUGUUAUCCAUCACUGGGCUGCUUCCAUUUUGUUAAACAGUCUAUGAUCAUUCUAAAAUUUAUAAAGUAUUAAUUUUGGCAAGAAGACCAAAAAUUUUUAAUUAGGGCUAUUGCUGAUUAUUAUUAUUACCAAUUUUAAAAUAUCUACAACCAGUUUUUAGUAACCUUAAAAUUGAUUUGAGGUUGAUUAUCUUUCAUAAUCUCUAAUUCUCCUUUAGAAUAAUCUAGUUCAUUACAUACUUUGCAAUGUUUAAAUUAAUUCAAUUUAUUAAAAGAAGUGGAUAUCUAUAGACCCCACAUUGUAUUGUUAAGCUUAAUUGCAGUCCUUGUCCAUCCUAGAAAGAAACCAAAAUAAUUGAGAGGUUAGGGCAUUACGCUGUGAGAAAGCUUAGAGAUAACACAUUAUAUAUUAUCUGGAGAAAAAAAAUGUUAAAUGGAAACAAGGUUUGUGAAGAAUUUCUUCAAGUACCUGAAGGAUUUUAUGGGAAAUUACAAGAUGGCAUGCUUAGGUUCUGUAUGUCUGGAAGGCUUCAUAACUGUAAGCAACUUUUGCAAAUGGUUUGGGAACGUAAAACUCUUCCAGGAUAGAAGAAAAUGGGUACUGUUAACAUUUGGAUAAUUAUUGGACCAUCAUAACAUUUUGCUAUAAUAUGCAAAAUGCUGCUUCCCCAACUAUGACCCUCAUUAUGACUUUUAAAGGAAUUAUAAGCUCCAAAUAAUUUUUGGAGUAUAAAAAGUACUUGACUUUUGCACACAUUUGCUAAUACCCUUCUCAUGAGUUUUCUUUCUGAUGUUUCAACUAACACGAAGCUAACGGAAGCUAAAUAAUAAUAAAACAAAGAACAGAUGUUAAAUGUAUUGAAAUUGUCAUUCCUGGCCAGGCUCUGUGGCUCAUACCUGUAAUCCCAACAAGGUAGGAGGAUCACGAGGUCAGGAGAUCAAGACCAUUCUGGCCAACAUGGUGAAACCCUGUCUCUACUAAAAAUAAAAAUUAGCUGGGUAUGGUGGUGCAUGCCUGUAAUCCCAGCUACUUGGGAGGCUGAGACAGGAGAAUCACUUGAACCCAGGAGGUGGGGGAGGUUGCAGUGAGCCAACAUCACGCCACUGCACUCCAACCCGGUGCUUGGCAAGACUCUGUCUCAAAAAAAUUCCCAUAUCACUAAAAUAGAUCAGAGAGGUAGAAUGUAAUUUUCUCUCUUAAAUACAAUGAUGCAUCAUUGCAUUUAAGCCAUCUGAGGGGUAUUAGCGUGGCCUGGGAAGUCACUCUGAGCAACACAAGGUAGAGUUUGAAAGCACAGAUUCAAAGCCUGGGCUUGAGUCCUCACAUGUAAGCAUAUGGGUUUUGCCUUUCUCAAAGCUUUUUUUUUUUUAAUUAGGAAAAAGAACUGAUUUAUCAGUCUUGUGUUUCAUUUUCAAAACACAGGGGUGGGUGGGAAACUUGCAGAAGAAACAAGUAUUUGGAGCUUAUAAUUCGUUUAAAAGUCAUAAUGGGGGUCAUAGUUGGGGAAGCAACAUUUUCCAUAUUAUAUCAAAACAUUAUGAUACCAUAACCAUCCAAAUGUUAAUGGUACCAAUUUCUUCUAUCCUAGAAACGUUUCAUUUUAUGUUAUUAGAACAUAUCAACCAUAUCAGCUAGAUUUUUUUUCUAUACUUUACCGACUAUGGAAAAUUUGACACAUUCUGCUUUACUCCUUUGGUUAUAGGUCAGUCGCAGAACUUUUUUUAUGUAUUCUGUAAUUCAAUAGCCGUGGCUCUUUACUUCAUUUAGUUUACUUAGCAUAAAGGCAUUAUGAAAAGGCCAAACAUGAGCUUAACUUCCCGCUAACUAAUUAGCAUAUGUUAUUUCUUAACCAUAAUGCCUGGGUCUAACCAGAACCGACCUUCUCCAAUCUUGUUCACAGUCAGAGACGUAAAAAAGAAUAUUAUAAAUGGGGUGUCACUAUUGUGAAAGUCAUGCUAAUGGUGUUGAAUUGGUGCCUAUGAUUCUCCUUUUGAAUUAGAUCAUAUGUUACAUGAUCGCAACUUACAUUAUUAAAAUUUAAUGAAAUUAUGAUUUAGAUGAA